CUGCCUUCACAGUUCUCUAAACUUUCCCAGGAGCAGGAGAAAAUGAACACAGCCCAGGGAUUGGUGUUGUUCGAGGAUGUAUCGGUGGACUUCACCCAGAAGGAGUGGCAGUUGCUGGACCGUACUCAGAGGCUCCUGUACAGGGAUGUGAUGCUGGAGAACUACGGGCACCUGGUGUCCCUGGGUCACUGUGUUUCCAAACCUGAGCUGAUACUCAAGUUGGAACAAGAAGAAGAACCGUGGAUAUUAAAAGGACAACUCGCAAGUGAGAGCCACCCAGAAGUCCAAAGAACCAAUAACAUGGAAGAGAUAAGCCAAGAAAAUGAAGACAAGUAUUUGAGGCAAGGUUUAUUCAUCAACAACAAAACACUGACUGAGGAGAGAAAUAAGACCUUCAGAGAAACACUUAAUAUGACCACAAAUCCAGUGCCCUCAAAAAAAAUAUCCCAUCAAUUAAUAGAAGCAGUGUGA